AAAACAGAUGCCACCACAAAUCAGCUACAGAGGACGUCAGCUAAACCAGUCAGCAUUACUCCCGGGUGGAGUGGAGCCUACGUUUGUGUGAGAAGACUGAAAAGAAAGGCACAGACGACGACUCACCUAGACGGCCCUAGUUAGUUAGCUCCAACCAAGGUUAAAUUAGUUAUUCGUCAAUCCCAAAGUUCCAAAAAACAAAACGCUUCUCUGACACAGAAGGUCAGCUCACUAGGCGGCAGACAUCGCUAUGGCCCAGGAGACCAAUCAGAGCCCAGUACCUAUGCUCUGUGCCACUGGCUGUGGUUUCUAUGGCAACCCUAGGACUAAUGGCAUGUGCUCUGUGUGCCACAAGGAGCACCUGUCAAGACAAAAUAAUGGAGGAGUUGGUUCUUUGAGUGCUGUGGGCAGCAGCAGUGGCCCCACAGCUGAGGCUUCUGCCAUGCAGAGGUUAGAGGCCACCUUGAAUAAUGCUGCAGCUGCUGCUGCAGUCGCUGCUGCAGAGGUGGCAGCUGAGGCUGUCGCCUCUGCUGAGGCUGUUGACACCAAGGCGCUCAGUGGGGUUUCAACGGCCAUUUCUGUAACACAACAGAUGACUGAAAUGAGUCUCUCCUGUGAGGAGAAAGGGGCGUCAGGGAGUACAGUAGAGCUCACAGAGCCAGUGGUGAGUCAGCCCACAGUCUCAGCCUCUCAUCCCUCCACUGCUGGCAGUGAAGAGUCCAAAACCCCAGAGCCCCCAAAGCCCAAGAAGAAUCGCUGCUUUAUGUGUCGCAAGAAGGUUGGCCUUACAGGCUUUGACUGCCGCUGUGGGAACCUGUUCUGUGGACUUCACCGUUACUCCGACAAGCACAACUGUCCGUACGACUACAAAGCCGAAGCUGCUGCCAAGAUUCGCAAAGAGAACCCUGUGGUUGUUGCUGACAAGAUCCAGAGAAUAUGAAGAAGACUCUUAGUUUGACUUUGAAUACCGGGAGUGAUCGGAUUGAAAAAAAACAUAGACUUGAGCCCAACCUUCUCUGUGAAGGAUCUGUUUUUCUUUUCUGGUUUGUUACACAUUCAGGACAUUUUUCCCCCCAGUGCAUGAAAGUUCAUGUAUAUUUUCAGCUUUGUUCUUGUUUGGGUGUGAGUCUAACACUUUUUUGAGGGUUGUAUUGAACAAGCAAAUAGUGUAUCUGGGGACUGGGCGUGGGUGGGGGUUAUUAUGGGAAGUGACUGAGGGAGGUUACUGAAGAAAAAAAAAAGCCCCUUUUAGAAAAUGCUGUUGAUGGCCGUAGAUGGCUGUCCAGUCUGUUUUGUGGUCCUGCUGAGGUCACUUGAACUCUGCCUGGAAACGCUCAGAUAUUUUCGGGCUGUUGUUUGGACUCAGACUGUUACUGCUGUUGGCUGAUGGCACCAUCUCAGCCGUGCUUGCUCUCUGCUGGCUUGAGUAGCAAAAUGGAUAUAUCUCUCUGUCUCUUCUUUUUUUCUUUUUUCUGGCCUUCACUAAACUCUGUGAGGUCAGAGUCAAACCCUCCUGACUGUCAAACCCUGUCAGACUUUGCGUCCCGGUAAGUUAUUAUCAACCUGAAAUGCUUCUCUGUGCUGCCGGAAUCUCGUCCACUCUGGCCCUGCCUGCGACACACAGCUCAGACAUAUUGCUAAAAAGACUUUGAGAAAGAGACUUUGUUGCAGGCCCUAUCUUGCUGGCUCAUAUCCCCUCCCUCCUGCUGUGUGUGCGGCACUAGGAACACAAUGUAGUUUGACAGUGUAUUUCAUUUUUCUCCCACUGAUCUUGGACUGAAUGCUGUGACUCGCCCUGUGUCCGGGAUCUGGAAGGACAGGCACAUGGACUUCUGCUUUUAAGGUCUUUAAAACCAUCCACUGAAGUCACAUGAUGAGACAUGUCACCUGACUGUGACGUUUGUUCCCUGUUUUUUUUGUUUUUUUUUUUUUUUUUUUUUUGUUGUUGUUUUCCAGAAAAAUGGUUUGUAUGUUGUGUGUUGUUGUAUGACAAGUAGCCUACACUUGUAUUAAUUUUUUGCCUUUGGAAGGGUUUAGCUCCACUAAUAUUUUCAUCUUUUACUUCACUAUUGAAUGUUUUCUUCUAUUUUUAAUGUGAGCUGACAAAUUCAUGACAUCGGGAGUGUGUUGGACUGCUGCGCACGUGUGUAUCAAACACAAGUGUGUGUUAUUGGGAGUCGAUGUGGUUGGCUGGUGUGUGAGUACCAUGAGGCUAAGUGGUUGUGUGCCGCGGUGACUAGUGAGACCUGUGGGCGUAGGUUAUUAAUUAAUUUUUUCCGUUUUGAUGAUUUUUGGUCUGGCUGCUUAAUGUGUGUGUUUUGUUUUUUACCCUUUAGUUAUGCAAGUUUGUACAAACAUCUUUAUUUAUAUACUGCAGUGCGCAUAAUCUUCCAAUAAUACAGAAUAAAUUGUAUGAUGUAAAUAAAUUAUGUUCAAAAAUAUAGAA